AACUGCUGGAAGGCGGGCCUCCCCUGCAAGUUGCAAACUGUUUUGACUGUUAGCCAAGUUGCAGCUUUAGCUUUUUCUUCAACGUUACGUCCUUUAUUCUGACACUAUGUUCUGACAUUUAGCGGGAAGUUAACAAUGUAAGUUGUUAUUUAUCUUUUUAAAGAGAAUUUCGUCCAUUGCUUUGGAUGAAAUUAUUUUGCUAACUAGCGUCUAGCUUGGACGACAUUCAAACUCAAUGGCGGCGAUGGAAGAAGAUGGAGGAGCAACAGCUACAAACUUGGCUUUCACAGAAGAAGAGGAAGAUUCAAAUGAGAUUUUAUUGAGUGUUUUGGCAGAACAUGGCCAAGUGGGUCUCUGCUUCUAUGACAGCAAACACUCGUCGGUUAACUACAUGUUAGAUACGCCAGAUAAUGAUGAGCUACAUCUGCUGUCCAGAGCUCUCUUGUUCUUAUCACCCUUCUUCAACUGUUUAGUCAUUCAGGAGAUUUGUCCUCAGGUGAUUAUCACCAGUGCAAAGCAAGAGCGCUGCAUGACCCGUUUCCUGCUCCAUCUGGGUUCAAAUCCAGAGUACAAGCCAGAGGUGGUAAUUUAUCCAUAUCUUGACUUUGGUCUGGAACUUGGUAAAUUGAGGCUGCUUUCAGCCCAUCUGCCUUUCCUGCCCGCUUCCAUCUCCGAGAGAGACAAGAUGACAUAUCUCUCUUCCUGCAUCACUUUUGACUCACCCCUCAUGCUGAGGACAGUGGGCGCUCUUCUAAAAUGUCUGGACAGGAGGAGAGUGGGAGUUCAGCUGGAAGACAGCAGUGUUGCCGUUCCUAUCCUGAACUUCACUUCUUACACACUCAAAGGUGUGGUGUACAUUGAUAAGGAAACAUUCAGGGUUCUGCAGAUCUUCAAAUCAGAGCAUCAUCCAUCAGUGUACAAGUUUCAUUCGGGUAAAAAAGAAGGACUCAGUCUUUACGGAAUACUCAAUUGCUGCAGUUGCAGGUUUGGAUCCAAACUGCUACGUCAGUGGUUCCUGCGGCCAACAUUGGACCACGCCGUGUUACUCAGGAGGCAGGAAGUGAUCCGCUUUUUCACAUCACCUCAGAAUUCAGACUCAUUGUGCACUUUACGGACGUCGCUACAGAACAUCAGAAACAUCCCACCUAUUUGUGUUUUGCAGACUCUUCUGCGAAGGAUGUCUCUUUCGCAAACCAAAGUCACAGACUGGCAGAGUAUUUUCAAGACAGUAUGCAAUGCAGUAUGUAUCAGAGACACGAUACGCCACUUUCCUCAGUCCAUUCAGCUGUUUCGGGAUAUCAGUGAAGGCUUCUCUGAUGACCUCCAACAUAUCAGCUCUCUAAUCAGCCGCGUGGUGGACUUUGAAGCUAGCGUAGCCGAGAACCGUUUCACCAUCAAACCAAACAUACAUGAGGAAAUUGAUGACAAAAAAAGGCGAUUAAUGGGCUUGUCUGGCUUUCUGACGAACAUUGCAAGAGAAGUUCUGGACCAACUGGAUGUCAGAAUCCCAUCAUGCUCAAUCAUCUACAUCCCACUGAUUGGGUUUCUUCUCUGUAUCCCUCGACAGCCUAAUAUGGUGGUGAAAGAGGACUUCGAGUUACAAGGGCUUGAGUUCAUGUUUCUCUCAGAUGACCUCCUGCACUACCGAACCCAGAGAACCAAGGAUCUUGACAAUCUCUAUGGAGAUUUAUUCUGUGACAUUAGAGACAUGGAGACAGCAGUCAUGAUUCAGCUGCAGGACGCCAUCCUGGAGAGGAGCGCUGCCCUGUAUAAGAUUCUGGACCUAGCUGCCGAGCUGGACUGUCUGAUGGCGUUGAGCAGAGUCUCCCAGGAGUACGGCUACACCUCACCAAAGCUAGUCAGCCACAAGGCAAUAUCGAUCGAUCAGGGCAGACACCCGCUUUUCGAGGUUUGUUCUCUUAUGUUUGUGGCCAACUCAUAUCAGAGUUUGGAGUCACAGGGCAAUGUCAAGAUCAUCACCGGGCCCAAUUCGUCUGGGAAGAGUAUCUACCUUAAGCAGGUCGGCCUGAUUGUGUUCAUGGCUCUCAUUGGCUCCAACGUGCCAGCCAAGCAUGCAGAGAUUGGCCCGGUGGAUGCAAUAUUUACCUGUAUGCCUGGCAAAGAAUCUGUGUCUCUUGGCCUCAGCACCUUUAUGACUGACCUAAAGCAGAUGUCCCAGGCACUCAACAGCAGCACAGGAAACUCAUUAGUACUCAUCGAUGAAUUUGGGAAAGGGACAAACACUGUUGAUGGCUUGUCUUUGCUGGCAGCAACCGUUUCACACUGGCUGAAAAUGGCUCCUUCGGAUGUUCCUCACGUCCUGCUGGCCACAAACUUUCACAGUCUGCUGCAGCUGGGCCUAUUGCCUACUUCCAGCAUGCUUUCUCUUCUGACUCUAGAGACAGCACUAGAUGGUGAUGAAUUGGUUUUCCUUUACCAAUUGAAGCCAGGCAUCUGCCAGUCCAGUUACGCUGCCAAUGUGGCAAGGCUGGCUGGCCUGCCUGCAAACAUCGUACAGAGAGGGGUUGACGUGUCUGAGCUCUACAGAACAGGAAAAGCCAUCCCACGUGUUGACCAUGUUUCAACAGAUGAACAGGCAGAUAGAUACAGGACUUUGGUGGUGAAAUUUAUGAGCCUGGACCUGGAUGAUGACAAUCUGGAUCUGAAUAGCUUCAUGAAAGAGGAACUUCUGCCCUCUGCUGGUCAGAUUUAAAACAUCUGAACUGUCACCAAAUAAAUUACCAGAUUAGGGGCAAGAAUUCAAGUGUUUUUUUAGUUACAGUUUGCCCAUUUUACUUUCAUGACAUAAUUGUUGAAUUUGUUGUAUUGAAAUCUUAGCACGUGUUUACCCACUUGAUUUUCUUGUUAGUCGGUAAAGUUACAAGUUGUUACUGUUAUUGCUCAUCCUGUGGUUCUAACAAAUAAACUAUUAGUCCUAAAGGAACAUUUGAUCUACUCUGUGAUGCAAUUCUACAAAUAAUUAAAAACCCAGCUGAAAUGCUGUAAGAAUCUCAAAAUUAUUCAACCCACAAAUGCUCAUGUGUUAUUGUAAUCAUUGUUCGAUUGUCACAUAGUAUUCUCUAUUAUAAAUUUAGUAUGGCCUCUGAUAAGAAAAGGAUCCCCACCACUGUUUAGUUAAAUGAAGUGGUUAUAGAUUAAGACAAAAUGUGUCUGACAAAAUUGUGCUUUCCUUUGCUGUACAACAGGCUAUGAAAAAAUGUGUGCCACUGAUGAAUUUUCAUUUUCAACAUGUUUUAUUACCCUAUCCACUCCCUCAACCCCCAUAUUGGCAGCACAUAGAAUGAAUAAAUGU